AUGCUCCCCCUUGUGCGCCCCCGCUUCUGUUCCCCUGCCCCUUGUGCACCCCCCCCUUUCUGCUCCUCUCCCCCUUGUGCGCCCUCCCCUUUUCUGUCCGUAUGCUCCCCCUUUUUUGUCUGUAUCCGCCCCUCUCCCCGCCCGCUGCACAGGCAGCCUUCUAAGCAGCUUGCCACCUGCUCUUAUGUUGCUCCUCCACGUGGCGAGCAGCGCACUCAUGCUGGUGACGUGGCAUAUGACCCAUUCAAGCCCGCUGACGUGGAAUAUGACCCGUUCCGGCCUGCUGACGUGGCCCGUGAUGUGUCCCUGCCACGUGUGCUGCAUGAGUGCAGUGAGGGUAAUGAAAAGGAGGAUGUCGAGGGAGUGAGGGAGAUGGGAGGAGGAGGAGGAGGAGGAGGAGGAGGAGGAGGAGGAGGAGGAGGAGGAGGAGGAGGAGGAGGAGGAGGAGGAGGAGGAGGAGGAGGAGGAGGAGGAGGUAUAGGGGAGGCAGGCAGGGAGCAUGAGAUAGGUGGUGAGGUUAGGGAAAGGAGAGAGAGUGUCAAAAGGAAGUUUGGAUCAGGAGAGACAAACGAGAGGCAGGAGAAGGAGAGGGAGAGGAGUGUGGAAGGGGAAAGGAGAGUUGAUGAUGGGGCCACGCCUCCACUUCCUUCGGCUCCUCUUCUUCCUCCUCCUGCCGCUGCCUCACACCCGCCUCCCCGCCCUCGCCCAGUGUUCGUAUGGGACUUGGACGAAACCCUAAUCAUCUUCCAAUCGCUGCUCUCGGGAAAAUUCGCCAAGACACUUUUGGCUGAUAGGGAAGCAGGGGGGGGCAGUGGUGCAGGGGGCAGCAGCGAAGCGAGAGGGGUGGAGGAGCGGGCAAGGGAGUUGGGCGAGGCGUGGGAGAGGUUGAUACUUGACGUGUGCGAUGACCACUUGUUCUUCAAAGAGAGUGACAGAGGCGAGGAGGAGCGGGCAAGGGAGCUGGGCGAGGCGUGGAAGAGGUUGAUCCUUGACGUCUGUGACGACCACUUCUUCUUCCGAGAGUUCACAUCAGCCUUUCCCCUUUUCUCCCAUAUCUCUCCUGUUAUUGGCUCUGUCUUGCCACGUCAGCUUGAGGACGUGGACCUCCCAAACUUGCGCCACGUGGAAGCUGGUAGCAAGCCUGCUGACGUGGCAGCGCCGAGCCACUGCGAUGGCUCCAUAGCAGGCCAGAAAAAACCAGCAAUUUCUGCUAGUUCUGACGUGGCUGCUGAUGUGGCGGGUCGCCAGGAAAGCUGGAUGGUCGCAGAGCGGUUUCAGCAGAUAGAAUCGGCAUACAGGAAGGGAAUCUCGUCUCUCCUCACACCCGCCCAAGAGGCACGCCGGCAGCAGGUGUAUGCACAAACAGACAAAUUCACCAAUGGAUGGUUGAGAGCAGGUAGGUGGGUGCAGGUGGAGGGGGCAGAGGGUGAUGCACAGACUGCAGCAGCAGAGAGUGGUACAGGGGCAGUCAAUGUGGUUGUUUCUUCGGGGCAGCUCAUUCCAACCCUUGCCAAAUGCUUGCUGUUCGGCCUCGAUUCCUUCAUCUGCCCGACCAACAUCUACAGCUCUCGAAAGGAAGGCAAGCUCGUGUGCUUCAAGCUCAUUCGACACCGCUACAGCGGUGAGCACCGGUUUGUAACGGUGGGGGAUGGGUGUGAGGAGGCAGCAGCAGCAAGAAUGAUGGGGUGGCCGUAUGUGAGAGUGGAUGCAGCAUGGGAUGACAUGCGCCUGACAAGCAUGUCGCUAGCGCAGAUUCUGCAGGCUAGCAUGGGGUGA